UUCUCUUGGCAGCCAUAUCCCAUUAGCCUUUAAGUGCUUGUGUAGUCUCAUCUACAAAAGCGCAUAUUGCCUGUCUCUCGGCUGUCGUGACAGUUUGGAACUACCCAUAGCUAUCUAAAAAGGGGAAAGUAGGAAACAAUUGAAAUUGGCAAACAUUAGCGGUGCAGCGGUGUGGCCUGGGCGGCAGGUGACCAAGUUCCUGCCAACAGGUGAACGAAACUAUCCAGCGAACGAGUUAAACGCUAGUCAAAUCAACAAAACCAGGGAACGGCAUUCAUUACUACGGUUUGUUACUCACAUUGCUAAUCUCUUGUUGACGGUGUCUGCCAGUGACACUAAAAAGUGGCCUGAGGAUUAAGCAAAGGAUUCUUUCGCUUCGAUUUUGUCGUUGUGUGUAUUUCUUGUUUACUAUUGCAACUGCCUGUGGCCGUGGCGCAUCGAGAGCAGUGACCUUUCCGCACUGACAAACCGUACCAUCGACAGCAAGGAACAUGGAACCAUGAUCAAAAAGAGCGCUCGCCUUUGUGAAGAUCCAUUGCAUCGCUGGGUGUGAGUGGUGCAAUGGGCAGUUUGGCGCGACGCUUUGUGCAUCUGCAGGGGCAUCUGUAGACGGCCCGCGAUGGACUGGGCGUUGGCAUAUAUGCUGCUCAUAGUGGCAUGCGCCAGCGCUAAAAAUAGUUUCGCACUAGUAGAAGGACCACCAUCAGUUUUAGCCUGCAAGCUAUCGGAGUUCCAGUGCGACAACAGCCGCUGUAUUGCGCUCAAUAAAUUCUGUGAUGGAACUGAUGACUGCGGCGACACCUCGGACGAACCCAUGGGUUGUACAAACUGCAAUCGGACGUUUUUCGGCGAGGUGGGCACCAAAAACCCAAUACGAAUCGCAGAACCAUUCCAGCGCAAUCUUCCGUUUGUCUGCACUAUGCAUUUUGUGGCAGCGGGAGCUGAGUUUGGCGAUAUCGUUGAGCUCACCUUCCUCAACUUCCAAGUAGGAACCCUUGAGAGUGACAGAAAUCAGACAGCAUCAUGCUACAACGGCCAUUUGGCGCUUACCGAACCUACGGCUUCGUCGCCUAUUGUUCGCACCUCACAGACUAGAGGUUUUACCCAGUUCCUAUCUGCAGCUACAGGACGUCAGCCGGUCGCAGCACCCCUAUCCUCGUUCUACGACAGUAGCGAAUUGGAUCAGCCAGAGUUCGGCCGUUUUUGUGGGGACCUCAUCAAUACAGGCGGGCCGGUUAUUUUCUUCUCAGAACGGAAUAACGUCACACUACAGGUGGUGAUACCAAAUCGGGCAUCGCUACAUUCGUAUAGCUUUAACCUAUACCUUACAUAUCGUUUCCAUCCGAGCAAACCAUCGCGCACUCGUUACGGAGACAGCAAAGAUCCCAUUGAUCUUGGAGUGCGUGCGCCAGAAUCCUUUUGUGAUCGAAUUUUUGAGAAUUGCGAUCGAAAGAAGUGCAAGAUUCGCUCGCCAAACUUUCCAGGUUUUUAUCUACGUAACUUCACGUGCCGCUUCACAAUUCGCCAGCUGACUUCGCCGCAGGGCACUCAGGCGCAGAUCGUUCUGUCUCAGAAGAAUGAAUACAAAAUAUCGAUAUACACGGGUCGCACGGCACCUGGUGGCGCUAGUUCGCAACGCGCACUCACGUCGGAUUGUUUGGGCGAUGUAGUUCGCAUCUACGACGGAGGCAACUCACAGGCGAGUGUCCUCUCACGCUUCUGCGGAUCGGGUUCGCUCACUGAAGUGGUAUCGUCCGGGCCUGAGAGUAGAGUCGAACUGCAUUCAGUUGGAGCGCAGCAGCUCUACGCGUCUAAACUUGAACUGGACGUCGAGGUUCGUUUCGUCAAAGCGGAUGAUUUUCGGGUCGAACCCGGAGGAAAGUGCACCUUUGAGAUUGACGGCAGUCGCGCGGAACGCCGUGGACUUAUCUAUACCCCAAACCACACCAUUCCGCCUAAUACCACCUGCUCGUUCCACUUCAAAGGACGCGGAGUCCACGACCGGGUCUGGAUUUAUUUCCUAUCCUAUUUCGUUGAGGACAAGCAGCGUUGGUCUAAUGCUGAGAAAUGUGAUGUGGCUUCACUUGAAAUUGUCGACUUGGGCGCGCAGGAACUGUUCCAGGACGCCAACUCCUCCAUAGACCACUCGACAAGGCGGUUCUGCGAGAAGUCUUCGCCAAGGAUCUGUGCCCGUGCGGCCGAGUAUCCACAGUUCAUUCCGUUAAGGCCAUGCCGCCUGCCGGAUGACAGCUAUCUAUCCACAGGGUCCGACCUUGUCAUUCGGCAAAAAUUUUUCAAGUCGUCCGACGUUCCGCUACGGCGUAGUUCAUUUAUGGCCCGGUACGAGUUUGUCGACACGGAACAGGCGGGCAUCGACAUGGGUCCGCAUCACGGACCCUGUCACCGGCAUUUUCAAAGCAGUACAUCAAAAUUCGGCCAUUUCGCCUCUCCAAAAAAUGUAUUCAUGUAUGGUCGCGGUGGCAGCGAGAACAUCACUUGCUCCUACUAUUUUUCUGGUAUGGCUAGUGAAAAGUUGCGUAUCUAUUUGAUUAAUCUGAACUUACCAACAACGCAGUGCGCACAUUUCUACGAUGAAGCUACCCAGAGAUAUACGUGUAGGAUGGUUACAUCACGAACGAAUGCAGCUAAAAUCUCCGCUGUUCAAGUGACUGAUCAUUGGGGUGAGACAUUCACUCCAAUGGGAUGCUUCUGUAAUACCACUUCACAGCUUCGUAAGCCGAUCCUCAUUGAGUCUGUAGGAAACAAUGUCACCCUAUCCUUUACAGUACAAGGUAUGUCAGCUCUCGAAGAUUUUAAUUAUUUUGGAUUCGAGGCGACGUACGAGUUCCGUCCAGCUACCAGCUGUGAAGGCGGAACAGCCAGAAGGAACGGUUCUGAAGGUGAAUUAACAUUUGUAGCAAAGGAUAUCAGUUCUCAAGAUACUCCAUUGCGGUGCCGCUGGUACAUUGAAUCCAGUCCUAAAAAAUAUCUUUAUCUAAAGUUCCAGGGCCAUGAUGGCUCUCGUGCGGCUUCGUGCAACCCGGGAACGAAUAAAUUUGUAGUUUACGCAGAUGGUAUCUCUGAUCCGGUGGCCGUCGUUUGUACAGACGGGGACAGCAAUCUUGCUAAUGGAGACGCAAAAUCUCUAACGACGGAUGCGUUCCACGCGCCCAAAGAUCCACCGCAGUCCGAACCUCAAUUUGACCUCUUCUCAUUGAGUUGGUACAAUGAAUCGGAGCGACAACCUCGAGGUCUACCGACUAGACGCAACGUUGAUCGCGUUCUCGUUGAAGCUAUCGCUGUGAAGGCAGGUGCAUUCAAAGUGCGUUGGCUCGAAGUCACCAAGCCAUUCUUACGUACGUCAUCCGGCCUUACAUUACGUAAUGUUAACUGUCUGUAUGAGUGUCCCGAGUUAAGUGCAUGCAUUUCGCCCGAGUUAUGGUGCGACGGCACAGUGCAUUGUCCCUCGGGUCACGACGAACGACCCGAACAUUGUCACCAAUUUCCGAUCAUAUACCUAGCUAUUGCAUGUGGCGCCUUACUCGCAACACUUGUUAUUACAUCCGCCGGAACGCUGUUAUAUUGUCGGCGCGGAAAGGACCGCAAAACGCGAGACAUCCCCAAUGACGUUCAGCUCGAACCACCGAACAGCUGACCUUGGCUAACUCCGGGCCAGCAGGGCGCAAGCUCAGGCCUGGACCUGGUGCAACAGACGCCAGAAUUGCAAACACUUGAUCUGUUACCGCAUCAAUCGCACACAUCACUUCAGCCGGGCGAUAACUUCGUGCUCAAUAGCACGUGCAGCUCCAUGUCUCGCGUUCAUCCCGUGCAGGCGAUAUAUGCGCCCCCAGCUGUACCCGGCAUGUACGGUCAUACAGGCAGCUCACGUGGACCGUUCGUUUUGUACGACCCGCCGCCCUUGUAUGGAAAUCAUCCAGCAUCACAUGCGACACAGGGCCAUCCCGACGACGAGCUCUACGUUGUACGUAGUAUACGAUCCCCGUGUUUGUAAAAAAGAUGUUUAGCCAGCAGACACGCACGUACAUAAGCCCACACAACAGUCUUUUAAAUAAAGGCAUAACAAACGUUCGCACAAGCAACAGCGGCAAUACAAUUGCAUACCUCAAAACACGCUAUGUAUUAUCUUUUACCUUCUCCCUCUUGCGUUAUUGUUUUUUCUACUUUAUAACGUUGUUGCCGAAUAAUGUCAAUGAUGUAAUACUAUAGCUAACAAAACGCGGAAAUUUACGUCGCAUGUGGCGUGCACGGGUGGAAUACGAAAACAACGUUUUGGCUCUUUCCACUUUAAUCACAGUUAAUCGAAAGGUGAUACCCGUUUGAAGUACUAUAACAUACAACUACUAAUACCGUAAAACAAUGAGAAAUUAAAGGUAAACACUAUAUAAUACAUCUAGUACACACAUACUAAAUAAAUAUAUAUAUAUAUGUAUAUGUACAUAUAUGUGUAUAUAUAUAUAUAUAUAUAAAAAGCUAAUGUUGUAAUGCCGUUGUUGCAAUGCAGAAACUCUACCGUACGUUCGUAUCUACAAUUUUCCUGUUACCCAAAACAAUGAAAAUAGAAACAGAAACACAACAGCCAUCCAUAGCAUUUGUGAACAGAAAAACGAAUCUUUUGUUGAAGCUACUAGGAAGCCUUUUAAGCGCGACGUAAAAAAGUCAAACACUUGGGAGUAAGAAUACACCGAUGGUGAAGCUGUUGGAGAAGCUAGUGAUGUUAUAAUACCAAGAAAAAAGAGUGUAGUACUGUCAGGAAACCUAGUAUAUAUAGACGUACGGCCCAAAGGUUUUACCAUGGGAAAAACAGACAUGAACGUGUGCAAUACACACAGGUACAAUACGAUGAAAAUCGUCGUACAAAUCGAGUCUACGGCGGCGUGUGCCGACCCCCUUUUUCUGGAUUUCUUCUAACCCCUCCGUUUACCGCCCCGUUGCGUUCACAGCUGACGAACGCACUGGGUUGUGAAACGCGCUUGCCAGCUCGCUCGCUCGCUCGCUCGCUCGCUCGCUCACAAGCUAGCUGCUGCUAUAUGGAAAAUGGAACAUGGAAAAAAACAUCGCAGAGACAACGAUGGCUAUGUCCUUGGUCGUCGUCGACUACCACUUUGACGACGCCGUCCGUAGCGAAGACGCAGAAGAUGGAAAAGCCAAUGGACUAAAAUACGAACAUGCAGCAAGCAAAAAAUCUAUCUGUGCAAAAGGUUCGAGAAGAAAAAGGCGAGAGACAGAGAUAGUUUGGAAAAUGGGGAUGGCGAAGGGGGCUGAAGGGAGAGUCCAGAAAAAACUCGACCGAUAAACUCAAACGGAACACACGGCUAGCAACCGGCCGACGGUCGGUUGGCGAAAGAAGGUUUCUGUGUGCCAAAUAGGGAACCUAGGGUUUAAAUGGGGUUUUCAAGAAAUAAACAGAAGCGGCAUUGGGAAAAACAGCAGCAGCAGCAGCAGCAGCAACAGCAGCAACAACAACAAAGGAAAUGCUCUCGCAAUAUGGCAUCGCUCCCACUUUUUACGCAUGUGUACGGCACGCAGACCUACGCCGAGCGAUAUUUGGAGACGAAUACAUACAUGCGGGCGUUACAAAUCUAUAGAUACAAAUACUCGUUUACCUAUCCCAGCCGGUCCCAUUAAACCCAAAACCUCAACUUGUCUAGCAUACAAAAACGAAGUAUGAAGCAGAAACCAGAAAAGUUGGUACACACAAACGAAAAAACAGAACAGAAUAUAAGUAGUGAGGACCCGGCGGGAGUUUUGUUUUAUUUUCUAUGUGAACAUAAGGCAAAACGACAACAAAUAUCUUACCUGUUCAUUGCAACUUUACCAUUCUGCACUUAGUCCAACUACCAACGUAACAUGAAUGUUUGCCUAUCUUUUACGCCGCUGAAUGGAGGCCCAGAUGAGGCCCAGGGCAAGGGCCAUGCGCGAGUGCAGUGAAUGGGCAAGAUAGCUGUAUGUUAAACUAUAGGAGCAAGAAAGAAAGCGAGUCGAGUGAUAGCGCGAGAUUGAAAGAGUGUUCUUGUGAUGAAGACACUAAAGCAUGCGUACAUGCACGCAUCGCGGAACAUAUUCAUACAAUAAUAUGUAAUAAUAAAAAUGCAGAAGAUGACAGGCAACGGUUCAAUUUCGAUUCAGAUACCCAAAAUUCGGAUACGCCGUACUCAGCCAACUGGCUUAAGAUUCAAAAACGAUUUUACUUAGUCAACAAGCAAGAGUUGCAUCUGAAGUUUUCAUUGCCCAGCGGCAAGCGAGAAUGCAGACAAAAUGGAUCAUUCACUGUGUAUUGUACAUAGGUGUAUAUAUGGAUAUUUGACAGGAUGGGUAAGAUAGCAGGCUGCAUUAUAGCGGAGAAAAAGGGAUGAAAAUAAUCAUGAUAAUAAAAGUACUAAUAAAAGGAGAACCGCCAACAGCGAGCAGACCGUCACCUUAAAGGUAUCUCGAACGGAGUAUCCUCUUGUGCCGUAUAUACACCACAUACAGGAGAUAAGACUAAAGGCUGAUGGCUAUCGGCGGGGGUAGCGUAGUACAGAAAUGGUAAACUGAGGGAAAAACGAAAAGGUUAUAUGUGAAAAUAUAUAAUAAUGAACCUCGCUCAAUAAAAUGAAAGACAAUACAGUUGGUGGUGGUGGUGAUGCUGAUCAUGACGACGACGAUGAGUGAAGUGGAGGCCGUUCGAGAAGAUGGGAAGACCGGAGAGACGUGCGACACUGACCCUAGUUGAUGGAUCCGAGGAUGAUAAAUAUGUACCAGUGAUUUCAAAAUAUUGUA